CUAUAGCUUCCCAUCUAAGCCAAAAAGAAACUCUCUUUCUCUCAAUACGACAACCAUUUUCUUCCUUCGUUUCCUCUCUGCAACAGCAAAAACCUACCAAACCUCUGUCUCCUUUCUCUGUUAUAGCGUUAGGGUUAGGGUUUCUGUAGUUUGUUAGCCGGCGAUGGGGCAGCAAUCCCUGAUCUACAGCUUUGUGGCUCGAGGCACCGUCGUGUUAGCAGAGUACACAGAGUUUACAGGCAACUUCACCAGCAUAGCGGCUCAGUGCCUUCAGAAACUCCCUGCCUCCAAUAACAAGUUCACCUACAACUGCGAUGGUCACACCUUCAACUAUCUCGUCGACAACGGCUUCACUUAUUGUGUAGUCGCUGUUGAGUCUGUUGGCCGGCAGGUUCCAAUUGCCUUCUUGGAACGAAUCAAGGAAGAUUUUACCAAGAGAUAUGGUGGAGGAAAAGCUGCCACAGCAGCUGCAAAUAGCCUGAAUAAAGAAUUUGGCUCCAAACUGAAGGAGCAUAUGCAGUAUUGUGUGGAUCAUCCUGAAGAGAUCAGCAGGCUAGCUAAAGUUAAAGCACAGGUGUCAGAAGUCAAAGGAGUUAUGAUGGAGAACAUAGAAAAGGUUCUUGACCGCGGAGAGAAAAUUGAGCUUCUGGUGGACAAAACAGAGAAUCUUAGAUCUCAGGCGCAAGACUUCAGGCAGCAGGGUACGAAGAUGAGAAGGAAGAUGUGGUUUCAGAAUAUGAAGAUAAAGCUGAUUGUUCUUGCUAUCCUGAUUGCCUUAAUUCUUAUCAUAGUUUUAUCUGUCUGUGGUGGCUUCAAAUGUUGAUGGGUCCUAUGCACUCCAUGAGUGGAUCCUUCUGCUCUCAAAUUGUAUUGAUUGUCUGGAUCAUGCAUUUUUUUUUUUGUUACAAGGUGCUUCCUAUUAUAGCCUUUAUCAUAAGACACUGCUUGUAUAGUCUGUAUUUUGGAAAAUAUUUUGACACUAGCAAGGUUCUUAAUGUGUGAAAGUGUGUCA